GUGUUCUAUCUGAUGAACGUGUACGGCCAGUUGUUUAUUCUGGACAGUUUUCUGGGUCCCAAGUAUCAUGCUUAUGGGGUGGAAGUGAUAACCUCAGUGUUCAACGGACAAGACUGGACCAACAGCCGCAGAUUUCCCACCAUCACUCUUUGCGACUUCCCCGUGCGCUCUCUGGGCAAUCUGCAGCGAUACACAGUGCAGUGUGUUUUGAGCAUCAAUCUAUUCAACGAGAGAAUCUACCUAUGCAUAUGGUUCAUGUUGUUGAGUGUGGCCAUAGUGACCAGUCUGAACACUGUGAUGUGGGCAUGGCGACUGUGUCUUCGCUUCAACCGCAUUAAAUACAUCAUGAAACACCUCAAACUCACGGCCACCAUCAGCGGAGAUUCCAACACAGAAAAGAGGCUAGUGGGCCAGUUUGUCGACCAAUACUUGCGGCACGACGGAGCUUUCAUUUUCAAGCUUCUAGCGCAGAACACAAACUCGCUCAUAAUUUCCGAGUUGAUCACCGAAGUCUGGAAAACUUUUCUGCGGACGCUGAAAAAAGAGUGUCGUCGCUACAAGUGCAGUGAGCAUGCGCCUCUAACAACACAGUCUUUGAAACAGUUGAACAGUUGGCUAGUUUGUGAUCACGAACCUAAUAAUUCGUUCCCACCGAAUUUAAACUCAUUCACGUCGAAUAAUCAAACUUUCAUGGCUUUUCCAACUCCACCGACACUUCAAAAACACACUAACGUCAUGGAGCUAGCUCUACCUGGUAAUAAUUCGCACCUGCAUAUGUGGAAAAUGGAAAAUGAACUGAAAACUGAAGACACCGAAGACUAUGAUGAUGGUGAAAAUGACCCGCUGACCUCAAAUGAUCAGGCGACUGAAGAAAAAUGCGCCCACGAG